UAAACGAGGGCUGGCGAGGAGCUGAGGUGUUCAGUGGUGGUCGUGUGUCGUGUUUUGAACUGAGUGGGAGGAGACAGGGACACAUCAGCAUCUGAAUGAAGCGUGCAGGCUGUGUGAAGCACUGCGAGUCUGGGCACACAGGGUAAACAACACCGCCACCAUCUUUCUACUGUAUAUGCUUUUCUCUUCAAUGGACGGAUUAUUGUUCAACCCGCAGAUGAUGACGGACGUCAAUGGCAACAGUAAGAUAAUGAACGCAGAACUGGAGGUGAGAAAGCUUCAGGAGCUCGUGAGAAAACUGGAGAGGCAAAACGAGCAGCUCCGGACGAGAGCAAACCUCGCGAACAGCUGCACCUCCAGCGCCCGUCUCGGCCCAGACACCGGGAAUCACUGCCUUUCACCCUCUUAUUCUCCCUCUUUCGGACUGUCGGAGGAGCACUAUCCGUAUUUUGAUCCGCAGUCAGUGACUGGUGCUGAUGAGGAUGAUGCCACUGUGCUGGAUGAGGUGGAAGUACUAGACCUUCAUGAUGUUCUUCCCAUCGAUGGAGAGUCUGAUUAUAGCUGGUUGUACGUGUCUCUGAAAGCAAAGCUGUUUCCUCAUCUUCUCCUCAGUCCUCUUCAGUGGUGCAGACACGUGCUGGACAACCCCAGACCAGAGGUGGAGUUAGCCAAACGCUCACUGUGUCACCAACUGGACCAAGAUCUACCUUCACCAAACCAUCAGAAGUCUCUCACAGGGAGGAACUGCUCAAGCCUAACCGAAAGAUCUCCCACAUUCCUCUAUCACAUGGCUACACACAGUAAUAGUCACUGGCAAAGGCCUCUCAGUCCUCAGUCGUCCAUAGACAGUGAGCUCAGUGUCUCUGAGCUGGAGGACGAUACCAUCUCUAUGAGCUAUAAGCUUCAGGACAUGACUGAUGUGGAGGUCAUGGCCCGACUGCAGGAGGAGAGUCUACGGCAGGAGUACGCGAGCACAGCUGCCACAGCCACGCGGCGCAGUGCCAGUUUUUCGGUGCACACAGGUGCACGCAGGAGCAUGAGGAGUGAGGCCGAGCUGGAGGAAGAGGAAGAGGAAGAGGAAGAGUAUGAUCAGCUGUCAGCUCCGCAGCCGCGGCUCUUCCGUACGUCCUCCAUGCAGCGCAGCACGUCCCACUCACAGAGCCUCUCCAGCAUGAAAGAGUGCCGGCGCAGCCCCUCCACGCCUCAGUACCUCAACAGCCUGUCCUACCAGCAGCUGCACAUGCCCAACCUCAGCUCCAGUGCAGCUACAGAGACCCAGAGCUACAGAGCCAGCACAGACAAGCUAAGGAGGAGCAUGCCAAACCUACUUCGAGCUCCCAGCAUUCCCAGUGUCAUCAGUGUGCCGAACGUUCCUGCUCCGACCGCUCACAUUGCCACAUCGUCCUCGUCUUUCUCGUUACUCCGAAACAGUCAGAGUUUUGAUUCCCACAGUGGUCUGACCAAGAUACAGUCUGCAAUUCCCUCUCCGGGCCAGUUACAGCAGCGGGUUCAGAGCGUGGGUAACUUCUCAACACGGCCCCCUCUGAAAGCCACAGCGUACGUGAGCCCUACCAUCCAGAGUGCCACCACAAUGCCUUCCUCUGUUAGUCUCAGCUCUAUCCCCAGCAGCAGCAGCAUCCCUCUCCCCAGCAAACCCUCCUCCAGUCGCAGCGCUCUACCUCGUCCUGCCUCCUUUGUUGGGACAAGUGGGGCCUCACGCAGUAAAAUUGCACAGCCCAUACGCAGUUUACUGACUCCACCGAAGAGUGUCUCUGCUCUGAGCGCCCUGCGUGACGGCAGCUGGAGGGACGGCUGCUAUUAAACUGCUCUGACCUUAAAUGUCUCAGGCCCAGCUGGCUGGGCACAACUAGACCUGAAGUGGAAAACAUCAAGUGAUUCGAGGUUGAAAAGCAGGUUUGUUUUGGACAUUCUCUCUGACGACCAGUGACCACUCCAGACACAUUAACAUCAACAGCGCAAAUUUGUAAGUGUUUUAAAUUACAUUUCAAAUUUUACUAAUUUAAAAAGUAAGUAGAAAGACAUUAGAUGGGGCUGACAGACUCUGCACUGUAGCCAUUGGAACCAACUAGAAUCCUUGUGUAAGUGGAUAAAAUGCCAAACAAGGCAGAAGAGGUGAGUCGUCUCUACAAUAUUGUUAUUCAUAUUACCCUUUUUUCCCCAUUAUUUGUCCAUGCAUACUGUACUUUGUCCUUUAGGAUGCAGUGAUCAAUAUGAAAUCUGUGCAGGACAUAGCUAAGCAUUUAGGGUUUGAGUGGACCGUUCUAGCAUUUGAACUGGGAUUCACCUGAAAUGAAGUCAGACAGUUUCAUGCCACAUCCAAGAAAAGAGGGUUCAGGCUCAGAGAAUGCUGGAAUCAUGGUUAUGAGCAUUCCUGGGACAAAACGAUCAAAACCAAGCUGCUGCAGGACGGUCUUGAGCAUGUGGGCCGUCGUGAUCUGGCUGAGAGACUGCGCAGCCUGCAGAGUCGAGCUGCCCUCUGCCUUCCCCUUCAUCGUUACCGUCCAUAAGACCAUAGACAACAAGGACGCCUUGAGCAGGAUUAAUGUGCUUAAUCGCAGUUAUAACUAAGAGAAUUAUGUGAGCUCAAAGUUUGAUACCACUAGUGAAAAUGAUUGUGUAAAUUUAUUAUCUAAUAUUUUUCAUUACAACUCAGUUGUGAAAAAGAAGUGUGCUUAAUUGUGUUGACUGUAAACUUGUAGUUUACUUCACAUUUUUUAGCUGAUGGCAUUUAAUAUAAAUUUUCA